AUGACCAAACCACAACCGGAAAGAGGAAUGUGGGUAAUUGGAUACGGCUCACUUAUAUUCAAACCACCACCACACGUGUCCCUUCGAAUCGCCGGUUACUUACAAGGCUACAUUCGUCGAUUUUGGCAAAGUUCAAUCGACCAUCGAGGUACACCUUCAUCACCUGGUCGAGUAGUCACACUUAUAUCACUUGAUGAAUUACAAGAUGAUCGAUUUUUCCAUAAUGACUUACAUACUUACGAGUUUCAAAAUGGUGGUAUUGUUGAUGUUGAUCACCUGAUAAGCAAAUUAAACCCACAUGAUUUAAAGGUUUGGGGAUGUGCUUAUUAUAUCGCUCCAGAACAUGUUGAUGAAGUUAAAACUUAUUUGGAUAUACGAGAACAGAAUGGAUAUGAGUUAAAAUCAGUAAAUUUCUACUUCAAGGACGAUGUUGAAUCGAAAAGUAUUCCUGAAUCUGAUCGUCAAAAGGAUGAGUUUGGGGAAUAUAUUAAAAGUCUGAUUUAUAUUGGUGGGUUAGAUUUAGAAAGUUUUAUUGGCCCAGAGCCGAUUGAGGAGACAGCUGAAAUCAUCAAGACUAAUGUGGGGCCCAGUGGUAAAAAUAAUGAAUAUUUGAUUAAACUAACUCAUGCUGUUCGUGAAUUGAAUUGUCGAGAUUAUUAUUUAGAGGAUUUACUUAAACUAAUAGAAGAAUAA